AUGCGACACUCGAACGAUUAUCGACUCGAAAGAAGCACAAACAACAUGGCCAGGAAGCUUCUGUAUAUCUGGGCUAAAAAUCGACGUUUUUCAAAGAUUUAGAGAAUAACAAGCAAGCAAACGACAAAGUAAAACUUUCAAGAUGCCUCUUGUAUUCUUGGAGCAGUUGCCAUUACCGUCACUUCAGUCAUACGUGGCUGUAAGCCUUCUGCUUUUCGUUUCCUCGUUUCUUUACGCUUUCAACAACAUAACGACGACAUCAAGACCUUUGCAAGAUACGCUCUAUAAUUUCAUGACAAGCGACAAUUUUUGUUUUUGGUCAAAUCUUAACAUGGUAUAUGGCUGCUUGUUCAUGUUCGGAAAAGUUAUCCAGAGAAUUGUGUUUGGGGAUCUUCGAGCCGCUGAACUGCAGCAAAUCCAGGACAAGUUUUGGAACUUUGUAUUCUACAAGUUCAUCUUUAUCUUUGGCGUGUUGAAUGUGCAGAAGAUGAACGAGGUCAUGUGGUGGACGGCUUGGUUCACCCUGCUCGGGUUCUUCCACCUUUUUGCUCAGUUGUGCAAAGACCGGUUUGAAUAUCUGUCCUUCUCUCCCACUACCACCCCCUCGACUCAUGGCAAGAUAGCGGGACUACUAGUGGUACUACUGUUUCUCUGCAAUGGACUCUUCUCUCUGACAAUGUUUGUGGGCUGGCCACAUGGGAUUCAUACUUUCACCUUUAUGUUGGCAGAGUGCAUCAUGUUGCUGAUAAAAAUAGUCCAUGUAUUGAUUCUGUAUGGUAUCCACUUGUGGGACAUUGGCCAUGUGGGUACUUGGGAGGGGCGUAACACCUGGAGCUACUAUACUGACCUCCUCCUGGAUAUUGGCAUGUGUAGUGUCGACUUUGCCCACCAUCUCCACAUGCUGUUGUGGUCCAACAUCUUCCUGAGUAUGGCCAGCCUCGUGCUGUGUAUGCAGUUGCGCCACCUUUUCUACGAGAUCAAGAAGAGACUUGCAAGACACAGGAACUUCGUGCGUAUCCAGAAGUGCACUGAAACUAGAUUCCCUGAAGCUACAACAGAAGAACUGCUGCAGAACAACGAUGACUGUGCUAUCUGUUGGGACAACAUGGGCAAAGCACGCAAGCUCCCUUGCAACCAUCUGUUCCACAGCUCCUGCUUGCGGGCGUGGUUGGAGAAUGACACCUCUUGCCCGACUUGCCGUAAGUCGCUUGCAGAGGACCUGCAACCAGAAGAAGAAGAGGAGAGAUCAAGGGGCAUGGCGGCGUUCAUGACGGGGCGGGACAUCAGACGGAACCAUUUCCAUUUCGAUGGGACGCGCAUAGCAAGCUGGUUUCCCAGUUUCUCUGUCGAGGUCGUCCACACGCACACAGAUAACAUGGAGAACCUCCAGUUACCUGAGAGCAGAGUUGAAGCAAUGGCCCAUCAAGUCCAUGCUAUGUUUCCCCAUGUCCCCAUCAACAUCAUUACGGAGGACCUGCGCCAGACUCACUCCAUUGAGCUGACCACGGAUAACUUCCUCGAGGGGCGACUAGCAGUACCUUCGAUAUGGGUGCCUCCUGAGCAACGAUUACAAAAUGACGACGAACUCUUGCCGAUAGAAGAGUCAAGCAUACCGACAGAAGACUCGGAAGAAUCCGACGACGAUACAAACCGACGAUAUGAACCGUCGAUAAGACCCAACAUCGACGAGCUGAGGCGAUGGAGACAAUCAAUGGAAGAAAGUGCGGUAGACUACACGGAGACCACGAGGGCCAUGCAAAGCACAAGCGGUGCAGAGGAGGGAAUGAGACGUUCUAUUUCCGAAAGUAGAAGGAAUGGAAUGGUGGCGUUGCAGAGCGAGGCAGAGCCCUCUCGGGAAACGCGGAAGGAGGAAGCAACGUCCUUCCAUCCGAACCCGAACGAUCGUGAGAGUCUUCUCCAGAAGAGAAAGGAAGAGAUGAAGAGUCGGGCUAGAAGGAGGCUUCUUGCAAGGGACUCCUCGUCUUCCACGUCGCUGACGUAAACACGGAAUCCACAGAGGCGUUUUGAAUGAACUAUAAUUUUGAUAAAUUCAGUAGAGCCAAUGAAAUGCUUACCCUAUGGUCAAGCCCGGUGCAAACAGUACUGAACAUAAGCUAGCAUAUGGACGGUCCCUUCUCCUAGAGGACCACAUGUCAUGGUGUAUGGACGGUCCCUACUCCUAGAAGACCACAUGUCAUGGUGUACAAACAGCGCUCAACAACCAGCAUUGUUGUCGCCGUUUCUCUGGCGUUGUUGGCGAACUUCUUCACAAACCUUCAAAAUACAGCGCUAGCAUUACUGAGCGAAAUGUUUAUUGGAGACUACGAUACCACUGAUGCCCUCUAGUCAGAGCUCUCCAAUUCGAAAUAGGCGUCUUAUCCGAACCCCUAAACUUUCCCGGCUAUGGACCUGCUAGAUUUAUCCUUUAACUAAGCCUUGUACAGAAACCAGUAGGGAGAAUGCUCGAGGAGCCAGCGGCCGCGAAAAUGCGGUCGGGACCGGGGGAACGGUUGCAAUGACCGCUGGGUCGUCGAGCAUGUGUUUUAGAGACUAGCGCAAAAAGCAUCCCUAGGAGCUGCAAUAUGUUGUUUUUUGUACACCAUUUUGCACAACGAAAAUAAUUUUUACAUUUGGGGGGGGGGGGGGGGGGGGGGAUUUGUAGUUCUUAAACAAGGACCCGCGGUAUAAAAGGCGCGGACCUGGUCCAAGUCGUCAUUCUCGCUAGUCCACGUCAAGUGCAGAGCUCCGUAAAUAUCGAAAAGGCAGAGCCGUAGAUUAAAUUUGAUCAUUUCGAAAUUGAAAAUAACGUUCUGUAUACAUGAGGCAAUAACAGCGAGCUUCUUGGGAGUGGUUUUCUUCGGCAAUAACGAUAACAAUUGUGAUUGAAAAUUUAAUUCAAAAACAGCGCGCGAAAAUAACGAAACAUUAAAAAAAAUGUUUGCUUCAAAAUCGCUUCAUUCUCUAUUUCGUAUGUGUCCAGUCACCAGAGAAGGUGAAAAUAUAGUUGUCUUUGCACCAUUGAUGUUUAAAACAUUAUUUCGAACUUAACCAUAUCUCUUUUGCUUCUUUUUAUGGAGCUCUGCUCUCGACAAAGUCUAGUGGGAAUGACGACUUGGACCAGGCGCGCGCCUUUUAUACCGCAGGUCCUUGUUUAAAUCGUGCACAUAAAAAAAGUGUGACGUCAAGCGACGAUGUUAUGAAUUUGGUUAAAUUAUUUAUAAAAUUUAGAAAAGUCUAUUUAGGUAAACUAUAGGAUAGGCAUUAGGUUUAUAAAAGUAACUUUCGAAAGAGUAGUUGCUUACAAUAGAAUAACGUUUGAAAGCCUCGAAGCUUCGGCGUUUGCAUUGAGAGUAACGUUUAAUAGACGCUUCAAAAUAGACGUUUACAAAGUAAUGGAUAGCAUUUAUUUUGAACAGCCUGUGAUUUAGUUCGCUUGUUUCGCAAUAUGUGCCCGUCUACUCCUUGUUUAGUUCUCAGAUCUGUAGCAUGUCUCAUUAUUUGGGCACGUUACAGAAAAAAAAAAAUGGUUGUACAGCCACGCCCCUACUGACCUUUUUCUUACAUUUUUUUUUUAAUACUGGGGCGGGGGGGGGGAGGGCAAGUAUCCCUGCCGGUGUCCCUUCCCUGUUACGGCCAUGAUUCCUUUUAAACAGGAAAACAUUCCAGAAAGUACUCCCCCUAAAACAAAAUCACAACCUUCGUCAUGCUGAUGUAAUCAUGAUAUAUUUUUAGAACGAUAAGCUGCUAAAGUUUUAAUAAAUGAAUGAAAAAUUUA